AUGGCGACGUCGUGUAUAAUCGCACUGCUUCUAACCAGCACCGGCUGCUUUCAAGGUCCCGCAGUGGCAGCCGCGGUGGUAACCAUUCCACGAACUCCUUCGCCAAAGGUCUCGCCGAAGGUUCCGCCGCCUCUCCCUGCAGGGCGCGCCCCUGGCGGCGGAAACGGCGCGGCUGGGGGAAACGCCACGUGGCAGCCCAGCGAUUCGUGGCAGCCUGAGCUGACGCUCCUCGCGAACAACUCGUACGGCGCGCGUUGUCUGGACGGCAGCCCCCCGGCGUACUACUUCCGCCCGGGUUCGGGGGAGGGCGCGGACGCGUGGCACGUGCACCUGCCCAUGGGGGGAUGGUGCUUCAACCUCAGCACCUGCGCUGAUCGCGCUAAGACCUUCCUGGGGUCGUCACGAGCCGACCUGCAGCAAGAGAACCCGUACCGCCAUGCGCGGUGGGGCUAUCAGGGCAUAUUGAGCAACAGGAAGAGCGUGAACCCACGCUUCUACAACUGGAACGUGGUCGUGCCCAUCUACUGUGACGGAGGGGGGUUCUCGGGCAGGCGAGGGCCUGUGAGGGUGCAUGGUCGCAACGUUACCCUUUACUUGGAGGGGUGGAAGAUCAUGAAAGCCGUGCUGAAUGACCUCCUCACCAACCGCGGCCUGCAUUCAGCCACCUCGCUGCUGCUCUCCGGGGCAUCAGCAGGCGGGCAAGCCGUCGUCACCUUCUGUGGCCUCCUCGCUAACUCAGUCGCCCACUCUUCUGCCGUCAAGUGCCUGCUUGACUCUUCGUUCUUCACUGACUCGUUGGAUCGGAAUGGCUACCCCUACUUCCAGCACAUGGUGAAGAACAUGGCAGAGCUUCACGAGUCUGUGGGCAACCCCAAGUGCGCAAAGGCGCAACCACCUGCCAUGCGCUGGCGCUGCUUCUUCCCGCAGUACGCGCUCGCCUUUGUCACGCGCCGCCCCGUCUUCAUCGUUCAGCCGCUCUUUGACUUCCGAGCCCUCGUGCGCGGUAACCAGCUGCCCGAGGAUUACGGUUACGUCUUGAACUGCCUGCGCUCGCUCCUCUCCCUGCCCGUCCUCCCGGCAAAAAGGAAGAAUCCGGGGAUGUCUCGCCAAGCGUUUGACCUAGCAGUAGCUGCUGAGGGGGGAAAUGAGGAGAGGUUGUUACAGGGUUGGAAGCAGAUUGAGGAAGAUGGAUACACUACAUACUCCUUAUGGGCGGAAGCGAAUGCGCGAGAAGCACCUGUAGAGGCAGCAAGGGGGGCAGCAUCAGACAAAGCACUGAUGACAAGAGGGAUAAGUGCAGCAAGCGAGGCUGCAUUCAUAUUGCAAGCUGGGGGGAAUGCAACCGAAGGGCCAACGUCAUACUGCAAGCCGGAUGAGUUAGUGGCGAUAUUGACGGUGGCGAAUAAUGUUGCACGGUUCACAAAGAUGCUGAGACGAAAGAGCCUUGGCACGUUCUUGCCUGUGGAGUAUGAGCAUGCGGUAAUCACUUCUGAACUUUGGACGAACAGUGGUGUUAAUGGGGUCACGAUGAGGGAUGCUGUUGCUAAUUGGUACUUCUCAUAA